GUUAAUGAAUCAAUUUUUGCCCUUACCCCCCAACCCCUACCUCCACCUGGUUAGGAGAUUGAACAAAAACCCUAACGGGUUCUUCCUUCUUGCAAGAACCAAUCGCCGCCGCCGGAUUGAUCUCAGCCGUUAAAUUCUGCCCUCCCCUUCGCCCCCCCCCCCUCCUCUCCCCUGUCUCUUUAACCCACAGCUCUCACCCGGGUCUCUCUUUCUUUUCUCCGUUUUCGGUCGUCACUUUCCCGGAAAGGCGUAGUUCUUGCCCGGAAUUGAGCUCGAACGCUGAUGAUGACGAUAGCUCUAGCUGGGUAGUUUAUUUAUUGGGUUCGAGUUCGAGUUCAAAUACGUCGGUUUUACGACCCGUGGAAGUUCCGCGCAUGAUCAGCUCCGACAAGUGGAGAUGCGCGUGAUUGAUUAGCUGGAGAGACCAAUGUUGGGUAGCAGCGAAGGAUCGUUUGGAGACGAGCUGGAGAAGGAGAUAGGGAUGCUGCUCCAGGAGCGGAGGAGGCAGGAUGCUGAUGAUCGGGAGCGCGAGCUGAACAUUUAUCGAAGUGGCUCCGCCCCGCCCACUGUUGAGGGCUCAUUAAGUGCAGUCGGAGGGCUGUUUGGAGGAGUCGGCGGUGCAGCGUUCUCGGAGCUCGCGGCGAAUGGGUUUGCAUCCGAGGAGGAGCUUAGGUCUGAUCCAGCUUAUCUCUCUUAUUACUACUCUAACGUGAACCUGAACCCAAGGCUGCCUCCACCUUUGCUCUCGAAGGAGGAUUGGAGGUUCACCCAGAGGCUUAAGGGAGGUGGCUCGGGGUUGGGUGGGAUAGGAGAUAGGAGGAAGGUGAAUAGUAGUAGACCUGAUAAUGGUGCUGGGAGGUCCUUGUUUUCUACACCCCCUGGGUUCAAUUCAAAGAAGCCCGUGAACGAGUCUGAGUUGGACAAGGGUCAUGGCUCGACCGACUGGGGCAAUGAUGGAUUAAUUGGUUUGUCGGGAUUAGGGCUAGGAAAUAAGCAAAAAAGCCUCGCUGAAAUCUUUCAGGGUGAUUUAACUUGUCCAGCACCAGUCACUGGGCAUCCUUCUCGUCCAUCGAGCCGAAACUGCUUCGAUGAAAACACUGAUAUGAUCAACUCCGCUGAGGCUGAGCUGGCAAAUCUACGGCGAGGAUUGCCUUCGUCAGAUGCUUUGAGGUCCACUGGAAAUGUUCAUGGUUCCUCUGCGUCCCAAAGCAUGGGCUCAAGUUCUUCAUUCUCUUAUGCAGCAGUCCUGGGUUCACCGUUGUCCCGAAGCAAUACACCUGAUCCUGUAAUUGCUCGGGCUCCAAGUCCCUGUCUUACUCCUAUUGGAGGAGAGAGAGUCGCUGCUGCUGAGAAGAGAUCAAUGACUUGCUCUCACCCUCUUAAUAACCUCUCUUCCACCCUCAACGAGUCUGGAAAUUUAGUCGCAGCUUUAUCAGGACUGAACCUGUCAACUAAUGGUGCACUAGAUGGAGAAAAGAUUCUAAAACCACACAUUGAAAUGAACCCCGAUAAUAAUCAUCGGGAAUCCUUCUUUGGCGUGCAGGGCGCUCAGAGUCAUGCUAAACAGCAUACUUAUUUAAAGAAAGCUACCUCUGGGCAUCUAAAUAUUGGAGGCGGAUCAGAAGCAAACAAAACCUUGAUAGCUGAUCACCGUGUUGAAAAAUCUUCUGCUGCUGCUGCUGCUUCUAGAAGCUCUUACUUGAAAGGAUCGCCUGCCUCUGCUUCUAAUGGUGGAGGCAACUUAGCUGCCCAAUAUCAGCUCAUGGGCACCCCAAAUUCAUCAUAUGAUAAUUACGGCCCGGGCGGUUUCUCCUUAGAAUCUGCAUUGUCAGGACAACUAGGAACAGGAAAUCUUCCUCCCCUGUACGAGAAUGUUGCUGCAGCCUCCGCUAUUGGAGGCAGUCUAGCUUCUGGAUCAAAUAUGGCCGCUGCAUCAGAAUCGAGCAAUCUGAGUCGAGUGGCAAACCAAAUUUCUGUUGGUGGAGCUCUUCAGCCACCGUUCGUGGACCCCAUGUACCUUCAUUAUCUGAGGACCACCGAGUAUGCUGCACAAUUAGCAGCUCUCAAUGAUGCCUCGAGAGACGGAAACUAUUUAGGGAACUCUCACUUAAAUCUUCUGGACAUGCAAAAGGCUUAUCUGGCGCCACUGGUAUCACCUCAGAAGUCCAUGUAUAAUGUCCCCUUGAGUGGUAAAAUGGCAGGUUCGAAUCAUCAUGGUUUUUACGGUAAUCAAGCUUUUGGUGGUGGAGUUUCGUAUCCUGGAAGCCCAUUGGCAAACCCUCUAAUUCCGGGUUCUCCUGUCGGUUCUGGAAGUCCAAUGAGGCACAGUGAUUUUAUGCAUGUGAGGAACUUAGCUGGUUGGCAGUUCGACGCAGGCUAUAACAUGAAUGAGAGCUUUGCAUCCUCUCUUCUUGAAGAAUUCAAGAGCAACAAAACUAAAUGUUUUGAGCUCUCUGAGAUUGCAGGCCAUGUGGUUGAGUUCAGUGCUGAUCAGUAUGGGAGCCGAUUUAUCCAACAGAAACUCGAAACAGCGACUGUGGAAGAGAAAAACAUGGUUUAUCAGGAGAUCGUGCCGCAUGCUCUUAAUUUAAUGACAGAUGUGUUUGGUAAUUAUGUCAUUCAAAAGUUUUUCGAGCAUGGGCUUGCGUCUCAGAGGAGAGAGCUCGCUGGCAAGUUAUUUGGACAUGUAUUAUCUCUUAGCCUUCAGAUGUACGGAUGUCGAGUAAUCCAGAAGGCCAUAGAAGUUGUUGAUUUAGACCAGAAAAUAAAGAUGGUUCAAGAGCUCGAUGGGCACAUAAUGCGCUGUGUUCGUGAUCAGAAUGGCAACCACGUUAUCCAGAAGUGCAUCGAAUGUGUUCCUGAAGAGGCUAUCGACUUUAUUGUCUCGACGUUCUUUGAUCAGGUUGUGACCCUCUCAACCCAUCCAUAUGGGUGCCGUGUGAUACAGAGAGUGUUGGAGCACUGCAAAGAUCAGAAAACGCAGCGUGAAGUCAUGGAUGAGAUCCUAGGAUCUGUUAGCAUGCUCGCGCAAGAUCAGUAUGGAAACUAUGUGGUCCAGCAUGUACUCGAGCACGGGAAACCUCACGAGCGAUCUGCUAUAAUCAAGGAGUUGACUGGAAACAUAGUCGAGAUGAGUCAGCAGAAAUUUGCAUCAAAUGUCGUGGAGAAGUGCUUGGCAUUUGGUAGUGCUGCCGAACGCCAGCUUAUGGUGGAUGAGAUGCUUGGGACAACUGAUGAGAAUGAGCCUCUUCAGGCAAUGAUGAAAGAUCAGUUUGGAAAUUACGUUGUACAGAAAGUCCUUGAGACAUGCGAUGAUCGUCAGAGAGAGUUGAUUCUUUCUCGAAUCAAAGUUCACCUGACUGCUCUGAAGAAGUACACUUAUGGAAAGCAUAUCGUAGCCCGUGUAGAGAAGCUUGUUGCUGCUGGAGAAAGGAGAAUGGCUGCUCAAUCUCUGAACACUGUGUUAGGGAGUUCAUAGGAAAGAAAGUGAAGUUUGUACAGCUAACUGACGUUAAGCGUGAGCUUCCUCUUCCUCUUUUCUCUUCGUCGCUGAGCUGUGGCUCUUACCUUAUCUCUUCUAGAACAAGUACGAGGCAGUUGAUAAUAAAGUCGACGCUCUUGGUAUAAGAACUGUAAAUUAUUGUAGUUUCAGUCGAUAUACGUAGAGAAAAUUGAGCAUAGACGAGGUGCUGGUGUUGAAUGUGUGAAUGUUUGGAGAGUGUAAAGAAAGUUACUAUAAGGGGAGGGGCGAGGCUGUACAAAUGUUUGCCAUGUGGAGAGCUGUUAAUAUCUUAGGCACGGCAGGAAUUUUCCUUACAAAGUAUUGGAAUGGCAUUUUUCUUUCAUGACUUUC